GACCCUCCGCGAUCCAAGCCGGGCGGUGGGGCAGGGCGACUCCCCUCCCCUCUCCUCCUCCUCCCCUUGGUUUUUCCCCUCGGAAGCUCCGCCCAAGCCGGAGCCUGUUCACAAUGAGGAGGGGGCUAUGGAGACCAGGGGAGUGCGCAUGCGUCUUUGCGCCCGGAGGCUUUCCCCUUCAUUUUCUAGUCUAGUGCGGCAGCAGCGGGAGGAAGGAAAGCGGUGGCUGCUGGAGAAGCAGCAGGAGCACAGAUGAGGGAAGAGGCGAAGCCAAGGCCGGCGAAGCCAGAGGAGCCCCACAAGGAGUAACCAGCUUUCCGCGAGCGCCGCACCCAGCCGCGUCGGGUUCUUCCUUGCUGUGGCGCGCCAGCUUGCCUGGGCAGCCGGGCUGGGGCGUUCGGACACAUCUCCCAGUCCUCGCCGCCGCUGCAGGAAAAUCCCAGCCGCCUCCCUUCAGGCUCUGGCUCCCUUCCCCGCCCCCUCUGCAUUUUUGGGGGUGGGCAGAGCCGGGAUCUCCAAGGCUCGUUGGCAAGGCUGCUUUUUUUUUUUUUUUUUGGUGGAAGAAACCCAAAAUCCUUCAGAGGGAUUUCCUCAACCGUCAUUGACUCUGAUUGAAACAAACAAACAAAAAACAAACGGGGGAAAAAAGGAAUCGAGACAAAGCGAGCGAGGGCCAAGCAGGAGAAGACACCCGGGGCUUGUUCCACAUUCCUAUGCAGAGACAGAGAGCGGGGGGGAUUUCUCCCCCUAAACACCGCUGAGUUUCAUUGCACCAUCGGCAUCCUCGGCUACUACAUUUUUUUUUUGUUUUAAUUUUUUUGAAUCGGCCUGCUGCUAUUUUUGACAUCUAUUCGAGGAGUCGCCUUUUGGAAGGAGAAUCAUGUAAUCUGCCUUUGCAAAAACCCCAGGUUGCUCUGUGGGUGGGGGGAGGGAUCGAUCGAAAAAUGGGGGAUGCUGCAGACGUCAAGGAACUGAGAAAGACGUUCAUUGUCCCUGCCAUCAAGCCCUUUGAUCACUAUGAUUUCGGCAGAGCAAAAAUCGCCUGUAAUCUAGCCUGGCUGGUGGCCAAAGCCUUUGGGACCGAAAAUGUACCAGAGGAACUGCGAGAGCCUUUUUAUACAGAUCAGUAUGACCAGGAACAUAUUAAACCUCCUGUUGUUAAUUUGCUGCUAUCAGCUGAACUUUACUGUCGUGCUGGGAGUCUUAUUCUCAAGAGUGAUGCUGCCAAACCACUCCUGGGUCAUGAUGCUGUUAUCCAGGCCUUGGCACAGAAAGGCUUGUAUGUCACUGACCAAGAGAAAUUGGUAACAGAGAGAGACUUGCACAAGAAACCCAUUCAGAUGAGUGCCCAUUUGGCCAUGAUUGACACCUUGAUGAUGGCUUACACUGUGGAAAUGGUCAGUGUGGAGAAAGUGAUUGCAUGUGCACAGCAGUAUUCGUCCUUCUUUCAAGCCACAGACCUUCCCUAUGACAUAGAAGAUGCUGUCAUGUUCUGGAUAAACAAAGUGAAUGAACAUUUAAAAGACAUCAUGGAACAGGAACAAAAACUAAAAGAGCAUCACAGUGUUGAAACUCCAGGAGGUCAAAAGUCUCCUUCCAAAUGGUUUUGGAAACUGGUUCCUGCUCGUUAUAGGAAGGAGCAAACUCUCCUUAAGCAGCUGCCCUGUAUUCCAUUGGUGGAAAAUCUGCUGAAGGAUGGUACAGAUGGUUGUGCUUUAGCUGCCCUGAUCCAUUUUUAUUGCCCGGAUAUAGUCAGACUGGAAGAUAUAUGUUUGAAGGAGACCAUGUCACUGGCUGACAGUUUGUAUAAUCUGCAAUUGAUACAGGAAUUUUGUCAGGAGUAUUUGAACCGAUGUUGCCAUUUUUCACUUGAGGAUAUGCUCUAUGCUGCUUCUUCAGUAAAGAGCAAUUAUUUAGUGUUCAUGGCAGAGCUGUUUUGGUGGUUUGAAGUAGUGAAGCCAUCAUUUGUUCAGCCUCGAGUAGUAGUUCACCCCCAAGCUGACUUUCCAAAAGAAACAUCUUCUGUUCCUGCAGCAAGUGUCAGUAGAAGGAGCUAUUCAGAUGCUUCACAUAGUUCUGACCCAAUAGGCAGUGUGGUUGGACCAACUUUUAAACCAUCUCACCAGAUCCCACCUGUUAGGAAUACUUACAGUCAGCCUUAUUCAUCUGCUCCAGCAGGUAACAUUAGAAGAUCUGCAUCUAUGUCUUAUGUGGAUGGAUAUGUAGGGACUUGGCCCAAAGAAAAACGAUCUUCAGUACAUGGAGUUUCAUUUGAUAUCUCUUUUGACAAAGAAGAUAGCAUUCGUAUCACAGCUCCAAACAGAGCAAUGACUAGAUCUGUUAGUAAUGAAGGUCUUGAGAAAAAUACUGACCGCAUGCCCAGACAUAUUAGAAAAAACCUGUCCUUCAGGCCUGUGAAUGGAGAAGAGGAAACUGAGGAUAUUGAAGAAGAAAGGGAUGGGGACUUUCAUAGUAGUCCAGAGGUCAAUAGUGAUCAAAGGAAUGCCAACCAGGUUAGCCCAUAUAACCUCCCCAAUGGUGCACUGCAAAACAGAUUGGUUACUGAUGAUUAUGGCAAUCAGAUUGAGGCACCAAGCAUUGAACAGGCUUUGCAAAUUAUCCAUGCUACUGAUAAACCCCCCAGUGCUACUCAGCCACAGCAAAUUACAAAUGGGUUUUUUCUUCACAACAAGGAGAUGAACAUUUUGAAUUCAAACAUCAAACCUGACCAGAGUAGUCCUGAUCUUGCAGACACAAAAGGUGCUCUCAGUCCCAUAACUGACAAUACAGAAGCAGAUACGGGAAUCCAUGUCCCUUCAGACAUUCCAGAGACUAUGGAUGAAGAUUCUACCUUGAGGGAUUAUACUGUAAGCCUUGACUCUGAUAUGGAAGAACCAUCUCGAUUCCUGCAUGACUUUGAUAGUAAAGGUGUCAACCAAAAGGAGCAAUUAAGUCCUUGUCCAAGCUCAAUUAGUGCCAAAUCCCAAGCAGGAAGUAGUGCAUCUUCAAGUUCAGGAGUCAAAAUGACCAGCUUUGCAGAACAGAAAUUUAAGAAACUUAAUCACACAGACAGCAGAAGCAGUGGAAGCAGUUCUCAAAAAACAACCCCAGAAGGCUCUGAGCUGAACAUUCCUCACAUAGUUUCCUGGGCUCAAAUACCUGAGGAAUCUCCUCUCCCUCAAGGAAGAGACACUACACAGUUGCUGGCCUCUGAAAUGGUGCAGUUGAAGAUGAAGCUGGAAGAGAAGAGGCGGGCAAUUGAGGCCCAGAAGAAGAAGGUUGAGGCUGCAUUCACAAAACAAAGGCAAAAAAUGGGAAGAACAGCAUUUCUCAAUGUUGUGAAAAAGAAAAGCGAUGGGAUUUCUCCACUGAGAGAAGAGGCAGCUGGAGCAGAGGAUGAGAAAGUAUUUACCGACAGCAAGCUAAAGGAAAAAGAAACACUAAAGCUAGGUGAACGGCUUAACAAGGAUUCAGAGAAAAUAAAGGAGAGCAUUGAAAAUCCCCAUGCCAAAUGGCUUAAGUCCCCAAGUACUUCAGUUGAUUCUGAGAAGCAAUUUAAUUUGGCAAGUCCUUCAGAAGAGAACGUAAAUGAAAGUGACUUGUUGGAGUAUACAAAGUCUAUUGAGAAGCUCAAUUCUUCCCUACAUUUCCUGCAGCAGGAAAUGCAACGGUUAUCACUUCAGCAGGAAAUGCUAAUGCAGAUGAGGGAACAGCAAGCUUGGGUUAUUUCACCACCUCAGCCUUCUCCCCAGAAACAAAUUCGGGAGCUUAAAUCUUCUCUGAGAUCUACGGGAUCAUCUCCCAUGACCUCAUUUUCAUUGGAAUCUCCUCGUCCUUCCCACCAGUCCCCACAGUCAUCUUCCAGGAAGAAUUCCACUCUCCCUAGUAAAAUACAAAGGACUCCUAGGCCAAAUGAACUGAAAAUAACUCCUUUGAAUCGCACUUUGACUGCUCCACGAUCUGUGGAUAGUCUUCCUCGUUUGAGAAGAUUUUCUCCAAGUCAGGUACCCAUUCAGACUAGGUCAUUUGUUUGUUUUGGAGAUGACGGUGAACGUAUAGGUGAACCUCAGUUGAGUGGGAAUCUUUUGAAAGAGGUCAGAAAUAUGACUGAGAAAGCUGACAAGGAAGGAGGAGGUGAGAAAGAAGCAGAACAAAAAGUGACAGAAGAAGUAGUUGAACAAAAAUCAGAGGAAAACCAGAUCAGACCUCUGGAAUCCUCAGUAUCUGAAGUACUAUCACAGCCCGUUACUGAAACUGUCUGCCUUACUCCAAGUGAAGAGUUAUUGAACCCCCCAGUAUUGCCACCACCUCUGUCUAAAACCGCUAACCUCAUAGAAGUCCCCCUCUCAAACUUGAAACCACCAGAAAAGUCUGAAGAAUCUGUUGAGAAAUCAGAGGGUGAGAGUGACAAAGAACAACUGGAGGAUGACCAAAAAGUGUGUUGUGGAUUCUUUUUCAAGGAUGAUCAAAAGGCUGAAGAUGAUAUGGCAGUAAAACGGGCAGCAUUACUGGAGAAGCGAUUGAGAAGAGAAAGAGAAACCUUACUUCGAAAGCAGCAGCUGGAAGCAGAGUUGGAACACAAGAAGGAAGAAACAAAGAGGAAGUCUGAGGAAGAACGUCAGAAGAAGGAAGAUGAACGAGCCCGGCGAGAGUUCAUUAAACAAGAAUAUAUGAGGCGGAAGCAGCUAAAACUCAUGGAAGACAUGGACAUUGUCAUAAAGGCCCGUCCCCAUUCCAAACAGAAAAAGCCACGACCAAAAUCUAUUCAUAGAGAUCAUAUUGAAUCGCCCAAGACUCCAAUCAAAGGUCCUCCAGUAUCUAGCCUUUCACUGGCAUCUCUGAACACAGGAGACAAUGAGAGUGUGCAGUCAGGCAAGAGAACGCCACGGUCCGAGUCUGUGGAAGGAUUUUUAUCUCCAAGUCGCUGUGGUAGUCGUAAUGGGGAAAAGGAUUGGGAAAAUGCAUCUACAACCUCUUCGGUAGCUUCUGCUACAGAAUAUACAGGACCAAAGCUCUACAAAGAACCCAGUGCAAAAUCUAACAAACACAUAAUCCAGAAUGCUCUGGCUCAUUGUUGUUUGGCUGGAAAAGUAAAUGAAGGGCAGAAGAAAAAAAUAUUGGAGGAAAUGGAGAAAUCAGAUGCCAACAAUUUCCUAAUCCUCUUCCGGGACUCAGGCUGCCAGUUCCGAUCUUUAUAUACAUACUGCCCUGAAACUGAAGAAAUUAAUAAAUUAACUGGGAUCGGCCCCAAGUCCAUUAGCAAGAAAAUGAUUGAGGGGCUCUAUAAAUACAAUUCUGACAGGAAGCAGUUCAGCCACAUACCUGCUAAAACUCUUUCUGCCAGUGUUGAUGCAAUUACCAUUCACAGCCAUUUGUGGCAGAGCAAGAGACCAGUAACGCCGAAAAAACUCUUACCUGCAAAGGCAUAGUGACUUGGGGGGAGGGGUGGGGAGGAUACCUUGCUGCAGACUGUUGUGGGAAACUUGCACUUCGUAUUCGCUGCCUAUUAGAAAAUAGGUUCCUGUUUGCCAACGAGACUCCUUUGAACUCAAGUCUGAAGACCAAGCUCUGUCGUCAUGCACAACUGGAAUGUAAACACAGUAUUUAAGACUCAGAGAAAACUGACAUUUAGGUGAUUAUGCAUUCUUGUGCUCAUGAACGAUUGAGUCACAAAUGGAGACAGAUAUGUGCUUUCACACAGUCCAGAGUGUUCGUGUCCUACUUUGAAACACUGAACUAAUGAAUGUUUGCAAAUCUACAGUGACAAUUUUUUUUAACAUCUGUUGCCUUAUACUUUGGUAUUUUGCGCGUGUUCUGGAAUUUGCUUUUACUGUUAAUAUCUUUCCUGGAGAAAUAUUCUGUCUUGAUUUAUCACAGCAUUAAAUUUUUAGCAUCCUGCAGGCAACAGUGAGAGCUUCUUUGCACUGAAAUGGAGGUCUGCUCAUUAAGCUCUCAUUCAUUGCAAAGGAUUUUGCACAGGAAAAGCUCACUGAUGGAAAAUACUCAGAAUUAAAUGUUGCUAGCAUGUCUAGCAACUGGUUUCUAGCAUUACUUAUUCAGCAAGGAAGCAUAUUUUACAAAAGAUAUCAAUGUUACAUUAAAAAAUCCACUAUGGCCCUGAUCCAGGUAAUAUAUAGGGACAUCCAAAUAAGCCCUGGUAUGUUUAAGUAAAUAUUUUAAAUAUUACUUUGAAUAACUGUUUUCCCCCUUGUGUUCAGAAGCAUCUUCUGACAGCUACAGCCCAAACUGUUUUUAGGCAACCAUUUGAGAUUCAGCACAACAUAAAAUCACUCAAUAUGUGCAAAAUCACUUAUACAUGCGUGUAAGGCAUUUCCAAGGAUCAUGACCCACAUAGCAUUUUCAUUUCAAAAUUCUAAACAAAGCAGUAUAAUGCUGUGUUGAAAUUAGAAAUUUUAGGUGAAUCCUUUUGAAAAACAAAAUUGGAAAUCUCUAUAGAUUACUUAAAGCUCUUCCAAUACUACCCAGUAUGGACCAAAGUAAAUUUUCUUCUGAGAGACAUAAGGAUUUAAUGUUGCUUAAUAAAAAAAUAUCUGCAUCGAGUACAGUUCUUGACAUCUUGAGUGUAUUCAAACUGAGGGUGGCAAAGAUCCGCAAGUGUAAAGCAAUGUAACUGUUCUCUAAAUAAUCACUGGGGUAUAUUUUCAGUAUUUACAAAGGGCUUUAUACUUUUAGAAAAGUAAUUUCUGUUUUUUAAAAGAAUAUUUAGUAACGCGAGCACUAUUCCAACAGAUGAAAAGUAUGAACUUGAAAUCUACCCUUAUUUUUGUGACUGCUCUUUUGACAUUGUUCACCGGAGGACUUAGUUGGGGGGUGGGAGGGGAUCUAGGUGGAACCUCAUUCUCAGGAAAAGACUUGAAUUAUUGCUGAUCCUGUUCUGUUUCAGUGUUGUGACAAGUAAUGGAACUUAAAGACAGUAUUGAACUACUCUGCUUCUGAAGUAUGUACUUUUAUUAUGGGUUUGAAGAAGGAAAACUUAAAAUUCUGUAUGCCUCUCCCAUUGAACUGUUUGAAUGGAAGAAGUACUGCUUCACCACAGUCUGUUCAUGUUCUUAAAAUGGAAGUUGUACAGGAAUGAGAAAUCCUUAAAUAAUUUAGACAACAGUACUUUUUUAAAUUAUUAAAAGGCCUUAGGCAUCAAUGCAUCUGGGUUGUUCAGCAGCAUUUUCUCAGAAUGCAGUCAAUAUUUUACUGUAACUUAUGUUCUUAUAUUUAUGUAUAUUUGUUAAAACUGUAAAAAGACCUCUUCUUGUUUAAUAGAGAUGUGACUCAGAUCUAUUUGUGGUUAGGUGAUUCCUAAUGUUUGCAUGUUUACGAACCAGGAUAUCUAACCAUCUAUUUCAAAUGUAAACAUACUGUGUAUAUAUUAUAUAUAAUAUUAAAAAUAGGAGAUGAAUGGUCUGUAUAUUCUGCCUGCUGAACUUGGCUCCAACAAAUGGAAUAGGAAAGUCUUAUUACUUAUGUAAAUGGAAAUCUAAGUUAAAUAACUGAAGUAAAUCCAUGGUUGAGGAAGAACUAGCAGGAUUUAAAUAGGACAGACAAUUUUAAAGGGGAGGGCACAAGGAAGGAUUUUUGUAAAGUAAACUAUUCUAUUCUUGCUAAAGGGAAACUGUAGUUCAAGGACACAUGUCACCUACUGAUUCAUGCACCCUCAACUAAACGAUUUAUGAAGUAUGAUGGCAGAGGGUGUAACUUUAAAUUAUUGAAGAAAUUAUGAAAUUUAUCUACAGUUUUAAAAAGUUUGUGCAAUGUCUAAAGGUAAAAUGUGUACAACACAAAGUUUGAUAAUGCUGGGUUUAAAAUUUACUAAAUGCUAGGACAGUAAGGGCAGAUUUUUUUCCCCCCUUAAAGCUUGCAGUUUUUCUAAUGACAGUUUAUUUGGGAUCAUGUUUAGGAAGAAGUUUAUCACAUUGCUGCUUUAAUGGAGGGAGGGUGUUUUUAUAGUUUAUAUGACAGCCAAACAUCCUAAUUUACAGACCAGGUGUUCAAAUUUUUAACAGUCACGUGGGCUACUGAAACAAUUUUUUGAUGACUGUUGCGGCUUUUAAUGCUUUGGCUGUUUAAAGCCAAAUUAUGUUAUUUAUGAUUUAAUGGGCACCGUCUGUUGAGGAAAUGUACAGUGUUUUGUGUGCUUGUCCACUUUUGAGGAACAUUGCUACCCUAUUUUUUCAGAUACUGUGCUGUAAAAUAUUGUCAUAUUGCUACUUACUUAGUAUAGUGUAGUUCUUCCCUCCAUCUAAAUAAAACGCAUGGCACCAAA